GUCCAUAUCUCGCGUCAAUGUGCUGCCUGGUAGCGUCCCACAGUUCUGCGUAUAAGCCUGUUUUUGUGUAUCCCUGGGCCGUGGAGGGCCGGGCCAUUUUCUUCAGGUCGCGAUUGAGGUCGUUGGCGUAUCGUAACCGUUCCUCUACGUUGCCAUUGUGCUCCACAGUUUCUCUCUUAGCAAUCCAGCCCUCUAGUGUCUCGAACGGGUGCGAGUACAAGGUCUCCACCGCGUCCGGCGGGGUUUCUCUAGUCGCCACUGCCUGUGCCGCCUCAUCGGCUUUCUGAUUUCCUACGCACGUAUCUGCUUGGUGUGAACGGACGUGAUAGAAGUAUGUCUUCAGACCUGCCAACCCACGUUGGGCCAGUAUGUCAGUGAUGGCCCCGAACAUUUCGCGGUGUUUGCUGACGUGUAGCGACUCGGGCUCCAGAAUGGCACGGCGAAGGAUAAGCAGGCUGACAAGGCUGUCGGUGUAAAUCCGCAGGUGGGGCAAGUCAAGGUUGAGGCUAAGUGCCAUGCGUAUAGCCGACGACUCGCAUCUGAGAAUAGUGCUAAGGGGAGUGUCAAAAGCGAUAUCUUCGUCUAUAUGCGUCGUGCGGUUUUCAGUUUUGUCCCAGAUCGCUGCUCCCAGGCCUGUGUAGUCGCUCGAGUGUGGGACCUUGCUCCCGUCGGUGAAGACGGCGGAGCCACACGAGAUGGAGUCCGCGCCGCGCUGGCGACCGCCCAGGCCAUUGCCAGGAGUUGGUGUCAAUGGUGCAGUACCGGAGAGUGGCACGUUUUCGUGCCGCCAUGCUGGGUGCUGGGUCCCGCCACCGGCCCUGGCGCUGCUUGCUGGUCUGGCGCUUGGCUGCGCGGUCGCGCGGUUCCCUCUCUGCGCGGCUGCCGGUGGGAGGCCCCUCGCCGGCGCUGCGUGGACUUCCAAAGACGGCCGCGCCGGGGCUCCGGAGGGCCUCGGAGGUGUCGACUGCUGCCAUCGCUCCAGUAGAGAGGUCGGCCAGGUUCAAGCCAAGGUCUAUUGUCAGGGGGCUGAUCCAGUCAGCUCGCAGCGGGAGGUCGCUCCCCGCCUGCGCCGCUUGGAGGUGGAGGAGGCGGCGCGUAAUUACGCCUAGCCUGCCGUUAUCGUUCAGCGAAAUCAUGAGCAGUCUGGAGGCGCGUUGUACAUACUCUUCGCGGAGCGAGCCUAUUCCUAGGCCCCCCAUCUCGGCAGGCAGGAGGAUGGCGCGGGUGGCGCAGUCGCGUGGUAGGCCGACGCACCGACGGGUGAUACCCGCGAUUUGGGCGUCAAGUGCCCGGAUAUCGUGUUGCGUGUAUGCCAUGGCUGGGAGGGAGUAAGCCACUUUUGCUUUGAGGCAUUGUUUGAUGAGCAUGUAGCACUGGCGAGGGAGUUUUUUGUACUUGCUCAGCUCUUCGCCAGCGUCAGUUAGGUCGGUUUUAACCGCCUUAAGUUGAGGGCGCCAGUCCAUCGUCAUGGUGAUUUCCACGCCGAGAUAGCGGUAUGAUUUAUGUGGGGACACGUACGGCAAGGCUAUCUUGGUGAGUUUUCCAUCCUUGACGUUAGAGCCAAUGUGGAUUUGGCCAUCCAGGAAGCGUUUGAGGGUGCGUUCGCAGGCGGGGCCUUUCAUGCUUUUGUCUGAACUGUUGGCACUUGCGAAGCUGUGGAGGAUGCCUGUGCAGGCGCUCUUGUCGCGGUUGAUGCGCAUACCUCCCCAGGCGGCGUAUCGCGCAAUCUUGUCAGUUUGGCACCGAAGGUUAUCACGGGAGUUGGCUGCUAGCGCCAGGUCAUCCGCGUAGUGAUGAACAGUUGUGUUGGUCAUUCUCACUGUUUGUGAGGCAGCCGUAUCGGUAGCCGCGGCCGCCGUAGUGGAGCCACCUCAGGAGUGGCUCCAGAAAGAUGAUAAAUAACAGUGGUGAGAGGGUAUCUCCUUGCAUGGUGCCGCGCCUUAUCUGGACGGGGGAUGUGCGGCCGUGGGCUGUGCGGAUGGUGGUGUUUGCGGUAGAGUACAGAUUGCGCACGACUUCUAUGAAGUCGGUUGGGAGGCCGAGGUGGUGCAUUACAGUGAGCAAGCGGUCGUGGUCUAUGGUGCCGAAGGCGUUUGAGAAGUCGAUGUACGCGACGUAUAGGUCGCGCUUCGUGAGGGCUGCGUCCUCGAUCACGUGCAGUAGGUUCAUGAUUUGGCGCUCCGUUCCUUUGUACUUUUGAAAGCCUUCUUGGGCUUCGCUGUGGACGAGGAGCUCAGUGCAUGCUUCGGUGGCUGCCCGAGUGACUAAACUGGUGUAGAGCUUGUAGAGCGUGUUGCACAGUGCAAUGGGUCUGUAAUUGGAGAUGGACAGCGGGUCUGCCUUCUUGUACAAGAGAAUGGUGUCGCUGGUGGACCAGCCGUCUGGUAGUUCGACUUUAAUCCAUGCGACACAUAGGAGAGUAUGGACGGCGGCUUGUAACGCAUCUGGCAU